AGCAACUUUACGACAUUGCGACACUUCAACACUACCGAUUGCGCUCAAGUCACACGUUUACUUGUGCGGAAACAAUGUCAUUGCGAAUUGCGCCACGAAAAUUGGCAUCAAGCGCCCUCCCUCGAACCUCCCGCCUCGAAUACCCUCUCCUCAGCCAUCGAACCUCAAAAUGCGCAUUCUCAACAUCACGACCCUCCAACCGCCGGCAACAGGUUCCAAGCCCAGUUGACUCUGUUAAACUCGGUGAAAAGCCCGCCAAAACGACUAUAACCCUGACAACAUCCGAACAGUCUGCCGAGAACGCAAAGAGUAUGGUCGAAAGGGCUACAAAACUAGCACAAGAACGAGAAGACAAACUACGACAGGCACGAUCAGCACGACUAGGAAAGCUUUCUGCGGAUGCAGAUAAGAGGCAAGAUGCAAGGGAGAAUCUGGCGUCUAGCGAGAGAAGGGAAAAGGCAAAGCAGGCUGAGGAGAGAACGAAUGCCGCCGAGGAGAAGAAGAAGACUGGAUUGACGAAGGAGGAGAGGGAGAAGGCGGAGAAGGAAGAUUACAAUAGGAGACAUAAACAACUGGAGAGGUUUUGGCUCAAGUUCAUGGUUGGGAUGCCGAUUGUCUUGGUUGUCGGUUAUGAACUGUUCCAAAGACUUGUUAUGGGGAAAGAACAGAAGGUUAUGCCAUGGAAACAGGCCAAGAUCAAUAAGGAGAGGGAGGAGAGGGAGAGGCUUGCGAUGGCGAGUGGUGGGAGUGUAGGGACAGAAUGAGCGAGGAGUGUAAUGGGGACUUGUGGCUCGAUGCUGAACUCAAAGAGAAGCUGUCAGCCGGCGCUGCUGAAGGUUCAAUGGUGUUUAUAUGUGUAUUAUUGUAAUCUAACGUGUACGAUAUGUUGGAUGUUGAAAGGAAGAUGCGAAAAAGCAAGACGCCACGGGCUAGAAAGGUGGUUGGUGACAUGGACGUUAAUAUCCGUCUGACAGCGGAUGCCAUGAUCAAAGCGGGAAUAAUAAAUAUUUACCGA